AGCACGGCCCGUGGCCAACAAAAGCUUACAAAUCUUCAAAAAAUUCGAACUUUUUUUUUUAUUGUGGGGCAAAGUUCACAAAUCGCUUAAAAUUGUAUUCGCUGUUUUAUAAUUUAGUUCUUUGAAAGUGGCCGAAAAUGUUGUGAUAAGUGCAAAACACGUUUCAAAUGCAUCUUUUACAAGUGAGUUUUAAGCUUCCAAGCGUUCAUGGCGUGAUUAACUAUCAGUCAGUCAAGACCAACAUUCUUACAUAAAAAGAUAACAACUUGGUCAAUUUGGAACAAAUAGCCCCAGGCCCAGCAAACAAUUAUGUGGUCAAACGACCAUUUGGUCGAUGGGCGAUAAGACCAAGCUGACUUGUCUUGGGAGUAACUGCGCGCGACUUGAACUUGAAUGUAAGCGUAAGCUUGGCGAAAUAUGUAAUUGCCGCUAAGGCUGAUAAGAAUCAGUCAGAAGCAUAAAAAGUGAACUAGCUGCUCCCAAAACCGCUUAGUGUCCUUUGGUCGUGCAUAGAGCGUUGACUAUUCCAGAAAUCAAGCUUUGACGUUUAAUUGAAUAAGGCCAAAAAUGUUAUUUUGGUUGCAAAUAUCUACUAUAUAUAAAUCGCUGUCUCUUCUUGUUAUUAUUCUUCAAACGGCUGGAGUCAACGCUGUUAAAUCACAACCAGCUCCAUCAGCUGGACUAUUGCAAGUUUUGCAACAACUCAAUAGUGCCUACAAAAUUAAACUAAACAUUUUCGUCAACAUAAAGAAUAGCGCUCAGGAUAUGUUGGAUCUACAGUUUCUGGACACGCCUAGAAUCCAAAUUCAGAUAUCAGAGAACUGCUCUAAUGAUUAUCGUGUGAUUGGAAGGUUUACCGAAAAAACAUUAAUCGUAGUUUACAUACAAAACCCUCCACUUGAUGCUUCAGUGGCUGCUCUUCUGCCACGCCUUUUGUGACAACUCCAUGAGCUUAACAUUGUUUUCAUAACGUCGAAGGAGCCAAACAUCUGGCAAGAGGAGCUCUAUAUGUACUGCUUUCGAGAAGGUUUUAUCAAUGUGCUACUCAUUCAACAACUCCAGCAGAAAGUGUUGUUUUAUAGCUACAAUCCGUAUCCAUCAAUUCGAAUCCUGCGAUUGACGCAGCUGGAAGAUUACCUCAACAGAUGGCGGCAGCUAUUAAAUCUUCAGAAAUACCCGAUUCGUACAAUUUUAUUUUCAAUUGAGCCACGCAUUUUUUCGUAUGUGAAUCGUAAGGGUCAGUUGGUCUAUGCCGGGUACAUGUUUAAUGCCUUUAAGGAGUUCAGUCGACGCCACAAUGCUACGAUCCGGAUCUUGGAUGAGGUUCCCAAAGAGCGUUUACAAAUUACCGCCAUUGCUUUGUUUGCAAGCAGGAAGAUGGAUUUUAUUUGUUAUCCGAAAGACCUUCACGUGAAUCAGACUAGCACUGCGCCGCUCCAUCUACUCAAAUAUUAUAUUGCAGUGCCCCAUGCCCGGCCCCUUGCUAGAUAUUUGUAUUUUGCUCGCCCUUUCACUUGGACUAUGUGGCUCGCAGUAGCUGGAACGAUUGGAUACGGGAUGCUAAUGCUUUAUAGCAGCAGCAAUAGAAAUGGUGUCUCCGAAAUAGGGAAGCAUUUUUUGAGCAGCUGGUGUCACCUGUUGUUUAUUCCACAACCGGUGAUCAGCUUUUCCAACUGGCAACAUCUUACGAUCCACUUCAUGAUGAUGUUGACUGGUUUCAUAUUGACGAACUUUUAUCUGGCAUUACUUUCGAGCAUGCUGACAUCGGGUCUGUUUGAACCGCAGUUCAAUACUUUCGACGAUCUCGUACGCGCUCCUUAUCCACUGCUGCUCGAAAAUUCCUAUGCCGAGACCUUCAAAAGGGCGCAGUCCAUGCCAGAUGCGGUCAAAAAGCGCAUUAUCGUUGUUGACGUCAGCGUUGUGGAUGCUUCUCGAAUUGCUCUAAACACAAGUUACAUGUAUAUCGGUUAUAUUGAUCGCCUGGAUGGCAUUCUUUAUCAACAGCGCCUGCUGAAAGUACCGCUCUUCAAGCUGACAACACAGAGUUUCAUCGAUGGUUUUAUGUCCGUCCCAGUGGUCACCGGCUUGCCUUACCUUAGCAUGCUGAAUAUCUAUCUCAGACGCAUUUUCGAGUGUGGCAUACUUGCCAAGAUGAAGAGCGAUGCAUGGUUGGAAACAAUCGAAGGUGGCAUCACUCACAUCGUGGUGAGGAGGAUGAGCUGAAACCAUACGAUUUGGAAUUCUAUUACUAUGCGUAUGUCUUGUGGGCUGUGGGUUUGGUAUUGUCAAUGCUCUGCUUCCUGCUGGAGCUGUUUCGUGGGCACAUGACUAAACAAUUUCAAUUGUAUGGUUAAUUAUGUACUUAACGCACAUCAAUAAACGUGUUGUAAGUGGACUACAUUGUAGUCCUAAUGAUGGGGCCUGCCCUAAACUAUAUCUAUAAAAGCAGCACGCCAACUUUUUGGUGACCCAAA